GCUUGACACUGACAGCUUCAGAUGCUUGUCUAUCCAAAGCGUCCAAAUAUACGUUUGUGUAUUCCGCAAUUAAAACGUAAAUACGCAACAGGUUUAGAUCUAUUUCAUAGAAUUGCGUUGUACAGACAGUACAAAGUUGCGCGGAUUUAUACCGGAUAUUUACUGUUCAUUGCAAUCACAUUUGCAAAUUGUGAAUCAUCUAACCUAUCUUGGUGCUAAGAAACCGGCUUUUUAGCACGUCGUACUGAAUAAAAUGAGUUCGUACAGCGUGGUCACGUCCGACUUUGUGAAUCUAUCAAUUACGAACUCAGGUCAAGAGUCAUGUUACGUCGAACGUCGAUUUCAGAAAGGCAUAACUGUUGACGAGUUUAAAGGAAAGUUGGAGCUUCUUACAGGAGGCAAUCCAAUUACAAUGUCGGUUGAAGUUUAUGAUAAGAAUGACAAACUCAUUUGCAAAUUGGAAGAAGGAUCUCGCCUUCUGGGAUCGUAUCCAAUUGAUGAUGGCAUGAGGAUACAUGUCAUUGACAAUUUCUCAUGCACUACAGAAGAUUUAGAUCGUGUAAAAAAGUUUGAAAUAUCUGAGGAAGAAUAUGCCAAGAAAACAGAUACUGUUAAAGCAUUCCUUGAGAAAAAUAAACUAGGAAAAUAUAAUGAAGAGGAUAUGAAAAGGAGAGCAGAAGAGAAAAAAUGCGAGGAGGAGGCAGAAGAACGUUUAGCUAGCUUAUGCAAAAUUGGAAAUCGCUGUGAAGUAUCUGUUCCAAAUCAACCAAAGCGUAGAGCCACCAUCUUGUAUGUUGGUAAAACUGAGUUUAAAGAAGGCUGGUGGAUCGGUGUCAAGUAUGAUGAACCUCUUGGCAAAAAUGAUGGAAGUGUUGGUGGCAAAAGGUAUUUUGAAUGUGCACCAAAAUAUGGUGGUUUUGUGAAGCCAAUGCAUAUAAAGGUUGGAGACUUUCCUGAAGAAGAUUUCGAUUUGAAUGAAGAGUUGUGAGAUACCAAGAUGGACUCGGACAUCCUUUUUAUUAUGUUAUCAAAAAAUAAUCUUAUAUAAAAUAACUUUUUAUAAGUUCAAUAGAAUUUAAAGAAGAAUCGUAGAAUUUAAGAUUAAAACAAAAGAUUUAUUAGUAUAAAAUACAAUUUUCUUUUUUAAUUUAGCGAAUGCUUCAAGUGCCGAUAUAUCGGUAUCGUCUAACAUUAUUUCUAGUAAGCUUAUGUAUAAAAAAUUCAAUUCUUUUCUUUAUAUAUUGCAACAAAAACUAUAAUUUAGAAUUUGACAGUAAAUGUUGGUCAGAGAUCAUUGUCAAUGCUUGGCAAGGGGAGCUGAGUUAGCUAAUUGAUUUCUUUUUAAAUAAAUAUGAAGAUAUUAAAGUUAUAUAAGUAACGUAUUUUUUCAGAAUUUAAGAGUUACAUUAUUUUUCAAGUAUUUAAAAGAAACUGUAUUUACACUAUUUACAUUUUUUCCCUCUUGAUACUUACAUUUCGUACAACAGUAAAUGUCAUUUACUAUUUUACGUUUUAAUAAAAAUAUUAAGUUACUCAUA